UUAAAGAAACUUCUGGGUCUUCUUAGUGAUUAUAACAUCUCUGUGCCACAAAAUGAGGAUUCCUUUUUUAACGAAGUAAUUAACAAACAGAUGUCCUCAAGAAUACAGUCGUGUAAUGGCAGAUGUUUCAUAGACGAAAGAACCGUUUCUAAAACAUGUUAUUGCGACAAGGUUUGCAUUACGUGGGGUGAUUGUUGUUUAGAUUUUCACUUGAGGUAAGACCAAAAUAUGAACUUUAAAAAGAUCUUUUUGUUUUAGUUCAUGCGCUUUGUUUCUUAGUUAAUUCAUACAUUAACAUGACAGACUCGAAUUGCCUUUCGUAAAAUGGGGUUCAGAAUGACCCCUCAGAUUUCAUGAUUGUAAUCAGUUUUUGAUCAUAAUAUACACUUUUUUAAACAACAAAAAGCACUAACAAAAAAGGCAAAAAGUACGAUUUGAAAGAACAUAUUGAUUUUUAAAGCCAGAUUCCGUUUGAAUGGUCGCCCCAUAGGAUUUCUUUAAAGAACUCAAAAGUCAAAAUAAAAUGGUACGCCUUCCAAAUUUGAUUCUGAUUGUGAAAUCGAGGAAUUUUAGAUAAACCAGCGUUUUGACCCACCCGAAAAUUCGCCCACCAUUUUAAAAAAAGGCCACAAACUAGACCAUAGACGCUCCUCUGUAGUUAGUUAAAAGUAACUUGAUAAUUUGUGCUUUGCUUGUAUACAUUGCUGAGAAAUUAAAUGUCAUUUUCGUUCAGCAGAUACAAAAAGCAAUCUUUAACCAAUUUUUUUUUCAGAUGCAGUCAAACUAGAAAUAUUUCAGUUGUAGAUGGAAUAUGUGGUGACGUCAAUGCUAUUUCUUGGUCCGGGGUAAUCAUGAAAUCUUGCAUUUCAGCUAAAUCAAAUCAGAGCAAUCAAACCAGCCAACAAGCAUGUCAAACCGUUCAGCAGCUUAAUAUGACAUUCGAACAAGAACUGCCAGUAAGUGACUGGACGAACAACAUAACAUACCGAAGUAUUGCUUGUGGAAAAUGCAACAAUGCAAAAAAUUUGUCAUUUUGGGGUUUCGAAGUAACUUGUUCACCUGGUUUGCAACCUCCUUUCCACAACACCACGGCUCUUAAGACAUUCGUAAGGAAACAUAACCAGUGCUCUUGGCAAUAUAAACCAUUUCCAAACCGCAGGCAGUAUCAUAAGUUCUGUGUGAUGCAAGAUUCACUUUGUGCCUCCAAGCAGGUACAGCUCCCAAUCAUGUCUACCAUAAGAGAAUUGUGUUUUUCAUACUCCAUGGUCUUUUCGUUUGCCAGUGGUCAAAACAAACUCCACUAUAGAAACCCUCACUGUGCUCUUUGUAACCCAGAGGGAAGACAGUUGAAAAAGAACGAAGAACAAGGAGGAGGAGAAGAAGAAGAGGAACAAGAAAGCCACCCUAUCGAUAGUGUGGCACCACUGACAAUUCUCUUUGAUGUGAGCUCAGAUAUUUUAAUUGACGAAGCAACAAUACCUUCUCCAACACAAGAUUACAAUCUGAUAUCAUUUGCGUACAACCAGACAUCGUUUGGUUAUAACACGACCUGGCAGGAGUUUUACUGCGAUUCCAAUAAAAACUGCACAGUUACCUUUGGAAUUGCUGUAAUUCUUGGUUACAUCACACUUAUCGGAUCAGUACUUUCCAUUGUAUCUUUAUGUUUUCUUCUCGGAGUUUAUAUGGCUUUUAAAGAACUUCGGAAUCUACCUGGAAAAUGCCUCAUCAGUCUCUCAUGGGCGCUGUUGUUUUAUCAAGUUAUAUUCCUCUUCACUAAAAUGUCCAAAGAAGUCGAAGGUGUUUGCAAAGCCAUUGCGAUUGGUCUUCAUUUCUUUGCUCUAGCGGCUUUCUCGUGGAUGAGUGUCGUGGCGUUUGAUACAGCUUGUACUUUCACAGCCCAAGGUCAGUUGAAAUUCAUUGAGAGCGGGAAGAGUUAACGUAAAUAACAAUAUUUUGCAUUGUACAUGAAGUAAAGCAAGAAAACCUAGUUAACAAAUAAAGAAGCAACUAAAGACCGUCUGGAUUAUAAAAAAGAUAGAUAAAGAAAACGAAGUUUUAAAUACCAGGAUAGAAACCUUUUACUACAUACAAACUUUCGAAUCUAUCACGGAACCUUUAUCAAGAGAUACAGUUGGAAUAUUUUGUCACGUGAUUUAUACAAUUAAUCACGUGACAAAACGUGUCCCUGUCUAAUAUUUCAGCUCGACGAAAUACUUCGAUGGCGUCCCUGACUCUUCUCUUAAACAUACCAUCCUCUCUGGCAAGGGUCGAGAAGGGGGUGGUAUCUUCUCUUCUGUUAAAAAGUCGUCGUAUUAUUACUCGGUUGAACGAUUACGACUGAAGCUAAAAUGGAACCCGUUAAACGUUCAACAGGGUAUAAUCGUCAGUGAACAUGAAGGAAAUUAGUUAACUUUUAUAACUCUCUGGCGAUAAUGUGAAAGGUUAGAGUUCAUGCGAAAAAAAAGAGUACUGGUAAUGGCCCAUCGUCUAAAAAAUAAUUUUUACUCUUGAAAACUCUAUCUUUUUUUUAGCGAAGAAAUAGUUACAAGGGUGUCAACAACGGCAGUAGGGGACCACCUCGAGUGUUUAAAAAGGGCAAACCUAGAAACGUUUCUGUAACAAGAGAUAGUCACGGACGUAUUUACUUUUUUAAAUUGACAGUGAGUGACACAUCAAGGCAGCCGUCAGACAUCACCAAGACGUUUCUUAAGUACAGCAUCGUCGGAUGGGGUAUUCCCGCGGUACUUGUGGUUGGUUGUGCUGUGCUGGACUCCACAGGAACCUUUCAUAUUGGAUACGGUCUGUUUCCCUAGUGCAUUUUAGUUGUUGCUAAUUUAUUUUGUUUAUCUAUUUAUUUAAAUAUAUAUAUAUAUACAGGAGCACCUAGUUUAGAUAAAAGAAAGAAAAGAUACAACACAUAGAGACACUCGACAAUUAAAAAUAUUGAACAGACUGGCCCUUGAAAUGCCGUUUCGUCAAGGAGUUGAACAUAUUAAAGUCCGUUGCAGAUCUAAUAUUAGAGGACAGGAAAUUAUAGGCACCAAAUAGUGAACCAACAUAUGCAGUUACGCGCUAUUUUGUCAGGCGUCAGCUCAGUUAUUUAUUUUUCUCUUUUCUGAAACACAUGUAAUAUUUAAACGCUUCGUUUUAUGUUUUAGGGAAUUCCCUCUACUGCUGGAUCUCCAACAAAACGGCAAUAUUGGUUGCCAUGGUGACACCCGUGGGCCUCGCAAUGGCCUUUAAUGCUGUGUGCUUAUCCAAAAGCAUAUAUUCUAUUUAUAAUCUUCAGCAAGUACGUCUCAGUUAUUUUGUAUACAAGGUCUCAUUUUUCCGCGCGGCCUGUGCCUUUCGGGUCACGUGAAGAAGAAGGCCUGGGAAGGCGCCGUACAGGGACUAGGUAUAAGACUUGGUAACGUCUUAUUAAUAGCACACGUGUUUAUAGAGAAGCAUAUUGCCUGUUUACAUCAUUAUGUGCCGUUUGAUUGCCGGAUCGUUAAAACGCUAAGGACUCUCCGCUCUAAACUUGUUAAAAAAUUUUGACACACCAAAGUUCAGAUGACAAGAUACUGCACUGUUCUCGUGUUAUAUGUGUCCCGGAUUAUAAACAUAGGACGAUAUACCAGUUGACUUAUAUUUGAGGGAGGGUUUCAAGCCCGAAACGUUAACGGAAAACAUUGUACUUUUAAAGGCACGAUUUUGCUCCAUCCUGGCAGCAGAACAUGCUUAAUAUUUGCCUUUUUCUUGAGUGAGAAGGAAAACACCAAAAUCGAACAAGGGAAGGAAAGGCUCUGCUAACAGUUUUAGUUUUCUUAUUGAUCGUUUGGAGGUUGCGUCGGGUUAGUGAGAGUCUCUCACGCAGACGUUCCUAGGGUCUCGUCACGCGUUCCUGCCUGAGGAGGAUUGCGUGACGAGCCAAAAAAAGUAAGCCUGCGAACCGCAGACGUAUUUCCGGUCGUCGCUUCGACAAUGGAUAACGAGCUUGCGCAGAACACUGAGUCAAUAUUUGUCUCCUAAAACAAUCCCAUAGUGCAAUUAUACACAACAUCGAACCAGUCUUCCGCGCAACCUAAAAGUGGCCAAUAGCAAGACAUGAACUACCUUGACCAACCAGAACCUUAAAUGAAAAUGUUUGCGCAGCUGUACUGAGAAAAAAGGAUCAAAACCAACUGGUUUUUUAUGGACGCGUUUAAGUAGAUGGAGGGACAUGAAUCGACUGACAUUUGGCCAUGGUUAUCCACGCGAGAGGACGACGGGCUCAAAACAGUCAAAAAUUUCAUAGUGUCAUUACAGAACAAUUGGUUUUAUGGAAUAAAACACAUAACAUGAAAGACAACUUAAUUGAUUGAUCCCAAUGCAAUGAGUUGACUUACUAUAUAAAUUUCCCAUUUUCCAGGGCGGCGGGCUUGCAGCGGCCAACUCUCCCAGAGUUUCUCUAGUUGUCAUCAGCGUCAAACUGACUUCAGUCAUGGGACUGACCUGGAUUCUGGCACUCAUCACCAACUGGCAACGAUUUGCUUUUCUUCAAUUUCCUUCAACCAUUUUAAACAGCUUGCAAGGUAUUAUGUUAGAUGAUCUCAGGCAAAGAAUGUCCAAGACUAUUCUUUUUCAGUUAAGUUCAAUGGCUUUCUUAUCGUACCUGGAAGAAAGCGACGUAUUCUUUCUCUCUCCUUUUUUUUUUUUAAAAAAAGGUUGACUUGUAUUGUAGAGAGAUGGACAACCGAGCGCUGGAUGUUCUAAGGAAGAGUUAGAGGCUAGAGUUGCACUUGGCUGCGUCUUGCGCCUCAUUUGUGCUCUCCAAACUUCCCGCGUGCUUGCAGACGCAGGAACCAAAUUUUAAUUGAGGGCGUUAUAAAAAAAGUUUUUUUUUGCUGUUACUCUUUGACAGGGUUUUUCAUCAUGCUGUGCUUUACCACCACAAAGAAAGUACGUGGCCUCGUCAGAGACAAACUUGCCAAGCGACGCACUCGAACAGAACGUCAAACAACUAUGACUCGGUGCAGUGGAGGUACUAACACCGAAAUGGUGUCAAACUCACCCACCAUGAAAAAAGGUAAAAUAGUCAUGGCAUGGCACAAAUAG